GGUUGCUCCAAGAGAGACUGGAGCAAGCUCAUCGCAUCGUACGAGAAAACACAAAAGCAGAAAUGUUGCGACAGAAGCGUUACCACGACAGAAAGUUAAAGUGGCAGAUAUUUUCCCCCGGAGAUAAAGUUUACGUUUAUUUUCCGCGAAGAAAAUUAGGUACAUCGCCGAAACUAACAAGCUUUUGGCAGGGCCCGUUUUCGGUCCUCGAAAAGUGCUCGGAAUGCACGUACAAAGUUUCGUGUGGAAGCAAAGGUUCUCCUCAAGUGAUACAUGUUGAUAGAAUGAGGUUGGUUAAGUCUCAGAUUUUGACUAAUGAAGAGGAGGUCCCUAAGUUAGAGUCAAAUUUCGAUGAAAGAGAAUCUGGUGAUCAGAUAGAUGAUGAAAAUGAUAACAAGUUGGGUUUGAUUAAUAUUGAAGCUGAACAAGAGUUACCGCAAAGAUCUGUUAGAAACAGACGCGCUCCUGCUUAUUUGUCAGACUAUGUGUUAGGUUUUGAUUAAUUUUGAAUUGUUGUUUUAUAUGCCUGUGAGUUAAAAGUAUUCAUUUCUCGGACUAGUAAAUAUAUUAAAUUGGUUUUUGUAUCCUUUUAGAAUCAAACCCAUGGCUAAUACCAAGUUAACUAAAGCGAAGCAACAGGAAGGAUGUCCUUUCUGUGACAAGCCAGUAAACGAGCCUUGGCAGGAUCAUGUUAUCUUAUGCUCAGGCCAUAAACACAAAUGUCUGACGUGUGGAGUUCGCUUUAAGAAGAACAGCUAUCUUCUGAAACACAUGAAGAGACACGCUCAACCAGCUACAGUAACGCCACCAGCGAAAAAACAGAAGUUAAGUCCCUCUCAGUCUUUAGAGAAAGCCCCAGAAAGGAUCAAAUCCACACUCACUACACCAGGUUUAGAAGAGGAUGACAGCCCGAGUGAAUGGGAAACGCAAGACCCUGGCAACCUAGAAGUAGUUCUAUUGGGAUCGUGUAGUGGGACAGAUGAAGAGGAAGAGUCAAUGGCAAAAGAUGAAGACAAUGAUCUAGAAAUCGGAAGAAUAGUGAGGAAGAAAACUCAACCUGUCUUGUUCACUGGUCGCAGAUCCGAAGAAACCAAUCGAGAUCAAAAAGUUCGUAACGAAAGUAGCAAUCUGGAGCCAUCUACAAGGGAUGUAGCCGUGCAAACAGAACCAAUUUUGUAUGUACACUCCACGAAGAAAGUAACAACCAAGUGGGAGAAUGGAGUGAAAGUAAAGGUGAUUGAGAAGAAAAAGAGCCUGAAUAUGGUGUAGACACAGUGGGUUUGUUGUACGAAAAUGGUAGAUAACCAUUUCUUGUUGUGGAAAACUUUUUGUUUAAAUAUAUUGUUAAAGAUAAUCUACGAUCAUUGUAAAUAAGAAAAAUUGUAUACACUGCUUGUUUGUUUUUAUUCCUGGAUUCAAGCGAGGACGCUUGAGACGGAGGCGUGGGUAAUAUAACAUAAAUGGUAAAUGAAAAUGGGUGAUGAGUACCGAGAGACACUCUGAAGUCGCUUACGCCCGAUUUUUUGAUU